UUUUUGUCUCAAUCCCCGGUUCGGGCGCUGUGGGAGGAGGAGCCGCGGGGGUGCGCGACCUCCGGGCCGCCAGGGGGCGCCAUGUCCUAGCGCGCCCCGAGGCGCCGCGCCUGCGCAGUGCGGGGGCGGCCGCGAGCCAUGGCGGAGGGCCCGCAGCCGAAGAGGAAGCGGGAGGAGGAGGAGGAGAAAAAUGGCGGGACCGCCACUCAAGGCGGCACCGCCGCUGCUUUCACGCUGUCGGACCUGCGGGUGCGGCGCAUCCUGCGGGAGUCGGCGCGGGACAAGAUCGUGUUCCUGCACGCCGAGAGGAUUGGCCUCUCUGGAGAGGGCACGGAUGCUGUAGUCAUCCUGGAAAAGACUCCUUUCCAGGAGGAGAAGAUCCCAGACCUGCUGAAGAAGCCCAUGCACGCAGAGCUGCAGGUGCACAAUGACAUUUACUGCACCUUCUACCUGAGCCCUCCCCCAGAGCUGAGUGAGAUCAAAGCCACAGUGGUGUACCCUGCCACGGAGAAACACAUCCAGAAAUAUCUCCGGCAGGAAGUGCACCUCAUCCGUGAGACCUGGGAGGAUUACAAGAACAUCACCCUGCCCUUCAUCCAGGCCCAGAGCUUCAGCAUCCAGUGGGUGUAUAAUAUCCUGGAGAAGAAAGCUGAGGCUGAUCGAAUCGUCCAUGAAAACCCAGAUCCUUCCAAUGGCUUUGUUCUGGUUCCAGAUUUAAAGUGGAAUCAAAACCAGCUGGAUGAUCUGUACCUGAUCGCCCUCGUGCACCGCCGCGACAUCAAAUCCCUGCGGGACCUCACGGCCGAGCACCUCCCGCUGCUGAGGAACGUCCUGCAGGAAGGGAAGGAGGCCAUAGUGAAGCGCUUCGGCGUGCCCGGCUCCCAGCUGCGCAUCUACCUGCACUACCAGCCCUCCUACUACCACCUGCACGUGCAUUUCACUGCCCUGGGCUACGAUGCACCAGGCAGCUCCGUGGAGAGAGCCCAUCUCCUGGCUGAUGUCAUUGACAACCUGGCCAUGGACUCCAUGUACUACCAGAAACGGGCUCUGACCUUCCCCCUGCGGGCUGAUGAACCCCUGUUUAAGAAGUUCCAGGAGGCAGGAAAAGUGUGAGGAGGCAGAGGUGGUUUUGUAUAAUUUUUUAAAAAAUAAAUACCCAUUUUUGGGCUUUUUUGUAAGGUUGUGUUCCUUUUAUGUUUUUAAACUCUGUUUUUGUACAAGGCGGGGCUGAUGAUCCUUUGCUAUGGAAACUGUGUUGUCUGUUCAAGUCCAUUAAAACAGUGAUUGAAUAAACCCC